UUGGGGUUGCGAGCGGCGAAAGGGUGGCGAACCGAGCUGCCUACCAACAGAGAGGCGAUGAUACCGGCUGUCGAGUAGGAGAAGAGAGGACAAGAAGCCGUAGGAGACGGGAAGAGAGAAUGUAGUAGCUGGCCGAGCGAGAAGCAGGAGAGGGAGAGCGAUUCUGCAAUGAGACUGAAAGAGGAGGAGGAAGGAGAGAGAGAGGAAGGACGGUUUAACCCAAGUAGGAACUUCUUAAUACCGGGACGGCAGUCGGGUUCAUUGUGGGAUCAAUACAGAGACGAGCGGGCGUAGGAGUGGCAAACGUUGCCUCAUUGGACGUCCUGUUCCCGCACGGUGAUUGGCCGGUGGUGGUACUACCAGGAGGCGUUUCCUUUCCAGUUAGCCCCUCUUUUGGGGUGAACGAAAGGGGCAGGUAGGCCCUGACCCUCGCGAGGAAGGAGAGAACACGCGGCAAGUGGAAAAAGACGGAGCUGCGCGGACUGAGCAGUUGGAAAAAGACGGCGCACCGGUCUACGGUGAGGGUGACACGAGGCCGGGGGGUUCAGUCUGUGUUCGCCCAUCAGAGACACAUCACCAGCCACGAUACGGUCCGGUUACGGUCUCUCCUCGCGAGGGUAGCUCCCCUGUAAACCAGGUGUUACACGCUUCUACGUUCUGCUCCUGGACGCGGCGAGCCCUUGAACUUGAACAGUGUCCCCGCAUGCUUUUGGACAUUUCCUUAAUUUCAUCGUUUUUAUCCCUCCUUCGAUCGAUCGAUCGGUACCCGCGUCAAUGUCGAGGAUCAACGAGAAAGUGGAGAACAAGGAUUUCAGUGUUUCCCAAUCCUUUUGCGACCAGUGCUUGAACCUGUGAUCUGUACGAUUGGACUGUUUGGAAUCGGUCAAACUUAUUUUGAACCGAUCGAAAGCAAGAAUUUUUAAGCAAAACAAGGGAAAGAAUUGUAUAAAAUUGCGAGCGUUGAAUCAGAGAAAGAAGGUUGAGAAAAAGCGGAGCCAACGGUUCGGCUCCGACCUUGUCAACACGUGCUUCUGAAAACAUACAACAAAAACUCCAUCCUCGACUUCCGAUUCGAACAGUGCUUCGUGUCGUUGCUUCCUAAGCCAGAGCUCAGUGCAAAGGUGACCCGAUGUGAAUCAAGGAGACCAACAUUGUUACGAUUACAGUGACCGUUAAGUGUAUUAUAAAACCAGUCGUGAAGGUGUUUACAUGAUCGAAAGUCCAUUGGUACGAGGAAGUGUUGAUUGUUACGGUGCUUGUUUAUCAGGGGAUCGCCUCGUCCGUAUCCUAAUACAUCUUUGGCAGCAGAUAAAUCAAAGGAAUUUAAACUGAAAUUCAAAGGUGACCUGACGUCUGCUCGCGAACGGUGCUCGGUGAAGAUGCUUAGAUCAGCCUGACACGCCGAUCAUCUCGAACUCGUCGCGUUUUCGGUAGAAGUGAAACCGGAGAUCGUCGAACAGUUGAUAGAUAAAGGUGCGAGUCGAAGUGGACAGGAUAGAGGAGGCGAGUGGACAGAGUGGAAAUAAAAGAUAGUGUACGAACGGGUGGUGCGACGUUCGGGUACGCAAGUCGGCAGGCCGGCUCUGGGGUGCCGGGCCCGGGCGGGGUGAUGAGCUGUUCCGAGGUGAUGUAUCAAUAUUAUCCUUACCUCUACCAGAGGCCACCGCCGCCGCCGCACCCGACCCACCCUCAUGCGGCCCCGCACACCCAUCCCCACACAAAUCCGCAUGCGGCCCACCACAGUCCUGCCAGGCCGGCGCCUUUUCAAUCCUUCUCCGCGGCCACCGCGACGCAUCAGUACGACAGGUUGAAUGUCCACCAAAGAUCACUCGAGGCGGCGGGCCUUGAAAUUUGCGGAGCUGGUGGAAGUGUUCCGCAAGGGCAACCCAGUAGCGCGGGUUCCGUCGGCUCGGCACCCAGCCCAGCAUCGCCAAGGCCAACUCCUCAACCACGACCACCCCUAGCAUCAACCACUUCACAACCCUCGAGGACGUUGGACGACGACAGAUCGACGGACGGUACUGGUACCGCCGCGGAAGAUUCAGACGAUGGCGAGAGCAGAGCCCAAUACCUGAACCCAAAUUGUGUGGUUUUCACUCAUUAUCGGGGGGAUGCCGCGUCCGAAGUGGAGGAACACUUUCAAAGGGCACUGGCACACGAUAAACUGAAGGAAAAUAUAUCCCCCAUGUCCAUGAGGAGCUUUCCUGCUUCCUUCUGGAACAGUCAACAUCCUGGUGAGGUCUACGAGUAUCCAACGGACCCGUGGCAUCCGCAUUAUUCACAGUAUCACCACAGGUCUCGAAUCGCAGGUCCAGGACUCGAAAGACCUCUACUGGUUCUAGAAGCGAGCUACGGAGUCUCGUGGACCGACCUAAUUCGCAACAUCCGGUGGGUGCAUCCGCGAAAUAAUCACGAGCUCGAUACCACUGAGCCGUUGUUGUACUUCGAUCGAACAGCUUCUACGAACGAGCAUUGCGUUCCGAGGAAAAGCAUCAGCGGGAAAACGCUGAAUGAUCGAAGGACCAUCGAGGAGCUUAGACGAUAUAAAUGCAGGUCGAAGAGGAAGAUCGAGGGAGGAGUAAUUAUUUGGUGGAUUUAGCUGCAGAUAUAAGUGAAAUAUUUAUUGACCAAUGAUCUUGCCAUAUAUAUAUAUUAUAAAUAUAUAUAUUACUAUUAUUAAUUGUAUCAUAACACCGGGCGCUGCAGAAAUUCUGAAACCUCUCCGAGUCAGCAAAUUAAAAAUAGUUACUAUCCGAA